AUGGCCGAGACUGAGCGUCCCGAGGAGGCGGCCCGGCUGUGGCGAGACGCCGCCCUGCGCGCCGGGAAGCUGCGCAGCAACCUCCAGCAGCUGGAGCUCGAGUUGGGCGCCUCCCGGGAGGAGAGCGGCCCGGAGGCAGAGCCGGAGCCGAAGCCCUCUCAGCCGCCGCCGCCGCCGCCGGCUUCGCCGCUGGAGACGCUGAACCUGAGCGGGCGCGGCCUGGAAGAGCUGCCCGAGGGCUUGUGCGCCGCCGUGGGCAGCAGCCUGAGCGUCCUCUCGAUGCGCAGGAACCGGCUCUCUCAGCUGCCCUCGGCCGCCGCGCUUCGGCACCUGGGCCGCUUGGCCGAGCUCGACCUCAGCCACAACCGCCUCCGCGGCCUCCGCGACGACGGCCUGGCGCUGGCGCUGCUGCGCGGGCUGCGGAAGCUCAGCCUCAGCCACAACCAGCUGGGCGCCGACGGCGACGGGACGCUGCCCGCCGGCCUGGGCGAGCUGCGGCAGCUGGAGGAGCUGGACUUGAGCUUCAACCGCCUGCGCCGCUUGCCCGAGGAGGCCCUGGCCCGCCUGCAGCAGCUGCGCGCCCUCGACGUGGACCACAACCUGCUGCCCGCCUUCCCCCGGGUGCUGCUGGAGCUGGGCGCGCUGGAGGAACUGGACUGCUCCGGCAACCGGCUGCUGCGAGCCCUGCCCGAGGGCAUCGGCGCCCUGCCGCGCCUGAAAAUCCUGUGGCUCAGCGGCACGGGCUUGGCGGCCUUGCCGGAGGGCUUGUGCCAGCUGGGCAGCCUGGAGAGCCUCAUGUUGGACGGGAACCGCCUGAGGGCCCUGCCGGCGGGUUUCGGCUGCCUGCAGCGCCUCAAGAUGCUGAACCUCUCGUCCAACCUGCUGUCUGACUUCCCUGCGGCUGUGCUGGCCCUGCCGGGCUUGGAGGAGCUCUACCUGAGUCGCAACCAGCUCACCCUGCUGCCCGCUGGGCUGUGCCAGCUGUGCCAGCUCCGCACGCUGUGGCUGGACAACAACCGCAUCCGCUACCUGCCCGACUCUAUCGUCCAGCUCCGUCAGCUGGAGGAGCUGGUGCUGCAGGGCAACCAGAUUGCCAUCCUGCCCGAGGGGUUUGGGCAACUCAGCCGGGUCACCCUCUGGAAGGUCAAGGACAACCCGCUGAUCCAGCCCCCCUACGAGGUGUGCAUGAAGGGCAUCCCGUACAUUGCGGCCUACCAGAAGGAGCUGGCCCACUCCCAGCCUGCUCUGAAGCCCCGUCUCAAGCUAGUCCUUAUGGGCCUGAAAAAUGCAGGCAAAACUCUGCUAAGGAAGUGCCUCAUGGAGGAAGAAGAGGAGGAGGAGGAGGAGGGCCAGGGGCAGGCAGAUUCACCCUUAACUGCAGCCAACCAGGAUUCUGGGAAAGGCCAGGCCAGGGGGUGCUUCAUACGGCCCCUGAGAAAUCUGCCCCAGCCUCUGUCUCCAAAAGCACAGCCACACCACCGUCCCAUUGUUGAGCAGCCAGAGGCUUCAUCCCUGAAAUGCUCCCAUUUCGGAUAUAUUUCCUCUGAGCAGUGGGAUAUGAUCUUCAAUCCAUCCCCAAAAGCUGCUGGGCAGACCCAGGUAGGAAGCUUUGCUGCUGAGCAGCACAAUGAAGUUCCGCCAUCUCCCUCAUCCAAAACAAACGGGGAAACGCACUUCGGCUGUUCUCCACCGCCACGGCCCCUUCUGCCCCUGGCUCCGUAUGCAGCAGGGCUGCCAGGCAGUAGCCAAGGCAUAGAGGUGGCAGACUGGACGGCGGAUGCAGAGAGGGGUCUGACUUUCAUUGUUUACGAGCUGGCAGGAGACCCAAGUUACGAUGUGAUCCAGCCCUUCUUCCUCUCUCCUGGAGCCCUCUACGUGCUGGUGGUGAACCUUAGCACUUACAUGCCACAGUGCUUUUAUCCUUCGGUGGGACACUUCCUGCACUGGCUAGGGGCGAAGGUGCCGCAUGCGGUGGUGUGCAUGGUUGGCACCCAUGCAGACCUGUGUGCAGAGCGGGAGGUGGAGGAGAAGUGCUUGGACAUCCACCGUCAGAUUGCCCGGCAGGAGAAGUGUGAUUACGAGGGCCUCCAGAGUUUGGCCCAGCAGGUGGAUGAAGCCCUGGGGCAGGAUUUUGACCUGCGCUGCUCCAGUCCUCACGUUGCCUUCUACGGGGUGUCGGACAAAAACCUCCGUCGCAAGAAAGCUCAGUUCCAGUAUCUGCUCAACCAUCGGCCGCAAAUCCUCUCCCCAGUCUUGCCUAUCAGCUGCUGGGAUUGCUGCCAGGUACGCCGUUUGCGGGAGAAGCUCCUUUCUGUGGCGGAGCACAGAGACAUCUUUCCCAACUUGCACCGGGUGCUGCCAAGAUCUUGGCAGGUGCUGGAGGAGCUGCACUUCCAACCACAAGCCCAGCAGCUGUGGCUCAGCUGGUGGGACUCAGCUCGGCUCGGCCUGCAGGCAGGACUGACGGAGGACCGUCUCCAGAGUGCCCUUUCCUACUUGCAUGAGAGUGGAAAGCUGCUGUACUUCGAGGAGCACUUGACCCUGCGCGAAUACGUUUUCCACAACUUGCCCAGGCUCAUUGACAUUCUCAAUGUCUUCUGCCAGCGGGAUGCCGCGGUGUUGCUCCAGAAGCUGCUCAGCAACGCCCAUGUGGACGAGUUGAAGGCCGCGCAGCUCCACCACUAUGUGGAGGGGUUCUUGCUCCAUGGGCUUCUCCCUGCCCAUGUCAUUCGUCUGCUCCUGAGGCCCCACAUACAGAGCAGAGAGGACCUGCAGCUCAUCCUGGAGCUGUUGGAAAAGAUGGGACUCUGCUACUGUGUCAACAAACCCAAAUCCAAGCCCUUGAACGGGGCGACUGCAUGGUACAAGUUCCCCUGCUAUGUGAAGAACGAGAUGCCCCAUGCAGAGGCAUGGAUCAAUGGUACCAACCUGGGUGGACAGUCCUUCGUUGCCGAACAGUUGCAGAUUGAGUACAGCUUCCCCUUCAUCUUUCCACCUGGGCUGUUUGCCCGCUACAGUGUCCAGAUUAACAGCCACGUGGUUCAGCGAUCUGAUGGGAAAUAUCAGAUCUAUGCGUACAGGGGAAAGGUGCCUGUAGUGGUAAGUUACAGGCCUGCCAAAGGCAGCCAGCAGCCAGAUACUUUGUGUAUUGCUAGUCAUGCAUCCCUACCAAAUAUAUGGACAGCCUGGCAGGCCAUAACCCCGCUAGUGGAAGAACUGAAUGUACUGCUUCAAGAAUGGCCAGGCCUGUACUAUACCGUGCAUGUCCUCUGUUCCAAGUGCCUUAAGAGAGGGUCGCCCCACCCGCACACCUUUCCAGGAGAAUUGCUGAGUCAGCCGAGGCCAGAGGGAUUGACUGAGAUCAUCUGUCCGAAGAAUGGUAAUGAGCGAGUGAAUGUGGCUCUAGUUUAUCCCCCUACACCGACAGUGAUCAGCCCUUGUUCCAAGUGACCUCUGGAAGACGCCUGCCUUUGCCCCUGCAUAAGGACACACCAAACACCCCUUAAUCAAACACGCCCCUGCUAAGCAUUUUUGGAGAUGUGCAGCCCAGAAAUGGUUCUGAUUAUUCAUGGGCCAAGAGAUCGCAGCUCGGGAAACAAAGAUUAAUGGGAGCGGGUGUGCUGAAGGCUGUACAUUGGUUGGACACAAAUCUGCAGUCUGCCUGAAUUGAUCCUUCCCACCAGUUGGAGUUGUAUGUUCCCAAGAACUCUACAAUGGCUUACGAAGCAGGAAACGCAGCAAAACAUUCCCAUCCGGACCUACUUGUGAACUUGUAUACGCUACAGUCUGAAGGCUUUGGGAGGUUUUAAUUGCUUCACAAGUACCAAAACAAGAGCAUUGUUGGCUGAUGGCAAUGCACUGGGAUUGCGAACUCUACGGACCUGUGUUGUGCACUUAUUCUUUGGACCCAUUCAUGAAUGUAAGAUCUUUCUCUGUGUGGACACACCAUUCAGAUGUACUUGAAGAAAUAUCAGAUAAAAAGGAACUGUUGGUAAUUCUGUGGUGGUUCACAUGCAGUUUCCCCAUAGGAAGAAAUUAAUGAUUCUGUGGUGGUGCUGUGCUGUGGAAAAGGUCGUAAAAUCAAAACUGGAAAAUACCUCUUCUUCUGAAGGACACGUUCCCAGGGACUGAAUAUAGAACUUAACAAACCCAAAACUGAAAUGGUUUUUAAAGUAAUAUAUUAACUUGUGGAUGGAAGGUGGACUGAAGGAUUCGUCGCUUGACCCUCAGCUUCAGGAUCAUUCUCUUGCAAAGAGCUGCUUGCCAACAGAAUGGGUUGAAAAGCUUCUCAGGGAUUAUGUUCAUUGUGCAGUGUAAAAGCCACAACUGCAGUCAAGGACAGCAGUAUUGGGGGCAAUCCGUUUCCAAGCUUGUCAAAUGUGAAAGAGGAAUCACUGCUGUUCAGUCAUUUGUGUUACUUUUUUUUUGUAAAGUGUUAAUAUUUAUUUUUGUAAGUUUUAAUGAUCUGUGCAGCUUAGAGUUAAGUUGACACUAGGUGCAAAGUUCAACAUGGAGAUUGUGCUAGAACAGCUGCUGGGUUCUGGUUUUGUUGUCAAAAUACUGCAUGUAUGUAUCUUCACUGUCGAAACAUCUGUCGCACAUACACACCAAAUACAUACUUUGACUUCCACAGUUUUAUGGUAAAAGUCACCUAAACAAACUGAAGAACUAAAACAAAAACCAUUCUAGAUUUUAGGAUGCUCCAUCUUGUGAGUACCACAGCACAAAAUAGUGUAGAGAGAAGGCCGCUCUAGUCAAACACUAAUUUGUAGCAUAGUCAUAAAGCAGUGGAUAGCAAUGAAUUAAGCCAGGAAUUGUUCAUCCCUGAGCAAUGCUGAAGCUCUCAGAAAAUAUUGGCAUGGAUCAAAAUGGAGCAAGGAGUUGCAUAGAAACAGGUCCGUCCCCCACAGUGCUCCAGCCACAGUGGAAUAAAAUAUGGUAAGACCUGGAAGCCUAAGGAGGGCGCAAUUCAACUAUUGGUGACAAUAUGCCACAAAGAUUGGGCUUUCUCAUUAGGUUCAGUGUAUUAAAACUAAGCACUUGAACACAUCAGGUAAAUUCAACUCUUGCCGCAACAGAUUUUACCUUCUCAGUUCCAUAAGUGUUUCCCCCUUGACAUCCACACUGCCUUAUUAAUAAAUUUCUAUCAACCUUUGAAAAGUUAUUGAUUUUGAAUAACACUGCAGAUUGGUUUCAAAAGAACAAUUUAUUCAGCCCCAAGUUGAAAUAUUACUUGAGCAGUGUAAUUGCUGCCAUUCAAUUGUUGCUCCUAUACCGUUUUGAUCACGUUAAUAAAUUCUGUAUGUAUGGUUAGAUCAGAUUGCAUAUGGCUAUAUGUACCACACCUACCACAAUUGUAAUUGUGUACCAUUCUUGCAACACAAACUAUCCUGACUAUAUGGAUGGAAGCUUUUAAAAUUUCUGGAAUGGUUUGAGAAGAGCUACAGGGCAGAGGCAACCAGGUUGGUGAGGCCUCCAGGUUCCAUAAUAUCCACUCUUAAAUCGCAUACAAAAAUUCUAGCUGCAUUUUAAAGUCUAAGUCUUAGAUGGGUUUCCAUAGGGAAAUCUAAAGAACAGCCAUUAAUAAAAGAUAUGCCGUAUUUGGAAAGAAGUUGAAAAGGUGGAACAUUUUAAAUCCCGGUGGCUAAUUUGUGUAUGUGUGUGGUUGAAAGGACUGAUGUUUUCUCUAGAACAGACCAGUUGACAACUCCGUGUACAAGAGGGAUUAACAGCAGUUUACUGUUCGUUGGGGUUUGUGCGAAAUUUCAGAUCUAGUAUGGAUUUUUAAGUGGAAUAUUCCCAGAAAUGAAUUAGCUUUUUAGGUCACAUUCCUGAUGGUCAAGAAGAAUUUCACACGCAGGUUUUCGAUGAAACAUCACUUAAAUAAAAUAGUUUGGGUUUCUGAAAUGUAUUGUUUAAGUUUGCCUUAAAUAGGAUCCAAUAAUAUCUGGUCAUUCUGUGGUAAAGUGCCAAAAUAGCAAUGCUAACCAGUGGUGGUUACCACUGAAUUUCUGGCAAAUGCUAAUUGAGGUGUCAAAGUGUACCUUUGACACAACUUUCCAGGUCGCUUUGGAUUAUGGAAGAAAAACACAGCUGACUUGAUUUCCCCUCUCAAAGCCAAAAUGAAAACUUUUGGGUGCCUGUGAAAGUCUGUCUUUGCCGGUGAUUGGAGAUUGACCUUCCCCUGCUGUCGGUCUAGAAAUGGAUGGACUUCAGUCCCCAUCUGUGAUUUCAGGCAUUUAACUAAGGAUGCUCAACAUCAUUGUAUAGUAGGAGAUGAGGGUAGGCAGUUGUGGGAGAACUUUAAGAGCAAAUACAUUUUUUAAAAAACACUCUUUUCCUAUGCAGGAUGCUUCAGUACAGACAAUGGGAUUUGGCUGGCAGAGUGUCUCUAUGGGAACUUGUUGUGGUAGCAUCAGUGGAAGGCCUCUUCUACUUCUGGGAAGAGGGUGUGGUUUCGCUCUGCAAAGCACAAGAAUCAAUCAAGCCAUUCCUUUUAACUGCUGGAGAAUUGCCCUUGUAAUCAGUCACAUUUUCUCUUCCUAGGUUCUGUGACAGGAAAAGCAGUUUCCUGGCUAUACAUCAGUGUGCUGCCAAGACAAAUGUGUUGUUGCUGGUUGUCAUUAUUGUUGUCGUUGUUGUUGUUUUAACUCCUCAAAAGGUUCACUUCAGCUCAUCUUUGUGAUUCACUCCUGCAAGGCCAGGAAAAAGGGGUGUUGGUGUAACAUGGAUGCAAUUUCGUUCAGCAGAGGGCUUGGGGGCUAUAUUUAUGGCUGUCUGUUAAUUCUCCAUAUUACAGCACAGGCAUUUUUUUUUAACAAAAAAGAAAAGACGAAAAAAUAUUCUCACUGAGGAAAAACGACAACUGAGAAUAAAAGUCAUCUUAAACUUGA